CAUAGAGUAGGACUGACUUGACCUUUGAAAUGAAGAUUCAGGUCUCUGUGCGAGUAGAAUACAACCUACUCCUUUCAUUGUCCUUGCCGAUUCUUGCCUGAACCACACUCCUUGUUGAUGAUGAUACUGCCUCAGUAGAUGAAGGAGUGAACUUCUUCCAGAGCUCUACCGCCAAGACUAUAUAAUAUCAGUGUUUGCAGUAGCCUGCACUGUCUGCAGUGUGGUCUUGCCGCUACCAUGUUGGUGGUGAUUCCAGGCAGGGUGCUGGCCUGAAAGGAGAAAGGGGGCGAGGUCAUCUGCCAAGUCACGGUAGUCUAGCUGUACUCAGAGUGUCCAUUUAUCCGAUUUCUUCUUCCUUAUGUGGCACGCUUAAUGCUCAAGUUGAGCUCCUGUCUUCACUUCUAAACUCAAAAGUAAGCUGUAUGACAAGUAUGACGACUCUCAACUUUCUCUCACAAGAAGAAUCCCUUAGCAGUCAUGGAGCUUCCGUAGUCCGUCUCGAUCAACACUAUCAAAGGCUUUCUUGUCGUCGACGAAGGUGAUGAACAAAGCAAUAACAGCUUCUCUCCACAUGAUCGUAGUUAUUGUCAGCCUCGUUCUGUACCUGAGCGGAUAUGACGUCAUCCACCUCGUGGUCAAGAGCUUUCCAAUUUACGACCUGAAUGAUGUCAUGUACACGAGAUUCCUGGCCUGGACCCAAAAAGAUCCAAAGGGAGCGUUCUACAUCCGAGUCCAAGAUUUGUAUCCGAAAAAACGGAGGAGGCGAAGCGUUCAUGACAACAACCACCCCGACCAUGAUAUGGAUUUCGUCGCACCUUAUCAUGACAGCAAUGUUUACUUCAAAGCUCGACAGUUUUCUCCAGCUCACAUGGGAGAAUCUCUUGGUCGCUAUCACGAUUUGAUGUUUAGUGACGUUAUACAUCGACCAUAUUCACCAGAUUCACCAUUUGCAUUUGAUUUAUUCGAACCUGAUGCCGCCAACUCGUUUGCUGCGCAACAUCCGUUUGUCGUAAACCAAUCAAAUUUAAGAUCACGCUCAGCGCAUGCUCGGAUGAAGCGUUCCGAUGUAAACAAAUGUGGUAAAUGGUGGUGGUUCAGUCAAUCGUCUGAUCUGAUUUACGACACGGAUGCUGAAGUUAAAAACAUCCUCAUUCCCACAUAUUUAAAAACAAUUCAGAAAUUUGAGACAGAAUUAUUGAAAGAGUUUAACGACAAAAUGGAGGGGAAUAACCGCGUUUGCAUUUACCAAAAUCCGAGAAAAGCGUCGGUUUUGGAUGUCUUUGAGAACGACCUAAUCCACAUUCGCAAAAAUGUGACAUCGGAUUUCUUCCUGGCGAAAUCGGGUAGUAUAAACCCUGUGACGAUGCUUCCAACGUCUCAUAUCACAAGAUCAUACUUUAGAGUGCAUACUAAUGCGACAACAUUCCUUCCACUCGUGUCAUGGGGACGCGAAUUCUUAAAGCGAGCAGAUCAACUAAGCGACAAAAUCCUCAAACCAAAAGGAAUAACUCUUUCAUAUUUCAACUUUAAUCUCUACACGGAUACGAUCUUUAAAACAAUCUUAGGAAGUGAUCUCUACCUCUUCUGUGGCAGUGUUCUGUUUAUUUUCGCUUUCAUGUGGCUUCAAACCGGUUCGUUCUGGAUAACAUUCUUUGGCAUCUCCAGCAUCCUGACCAGCAUCCUCGCCGCCAACCUCGUCUACAACUGCGUCAUCGGCUUCAAAUACCUCGGCAUCUUCAACCUGCUGUCAUUGUUUGUUGUCCUUGGAAUUGGAGCAGACGACAUCUUCAUCUUUGUUGACACUUGGAAAUGGCUUGAUGGAAAAUGCGACCAACAGGAAGAAAGAAUCUCAAUGUGCUUCAAGAAAGCAGGCGUGGCAAUGUUUAGUACGUCACUCACAACAAUGGUGGCGUUCUUCGUGAGUUCCUUCUCCUCGUUACUCACUCUUUGCUCAUUCGGGACAUUAUCUGGUCUAGUUGUACUCAUUAAUUACAUAUCUGUGAUGACCUUCUUCCCAACUGUGAUUCUAGCCCAUGAAAACAUAUUCGGCAAAUCGAGAUUGGCUUUAAGAAGAGACUGCACGAAAGGGAUUCAUAAAUACAUUUUGAAGUUUUUUGGCGGGAUGUAUUUUGACGUGAUUACGCACAGAUAUGGGAGGUUCGUGAUUAUAGCAGCGUUUGUGAUCUUCACAGGAGGGAUGAGCCUGUCUUUGGCUGAUUUGAGAGUUGAAGACUCUGCAACGAGUCAGAUUUUACGAUCCAACAGCCCGUUUGAACAGGGACGACUGAAGGCGUCGAAGGAGUUCAAACAGAACGCGUACGACCUCAAGAUGAAGGUGUUCCUUGUUUGGGGUUUCAAACCUCGCGACAUGUCCUCAUGCAACAAGUUAAGAUAUGACUACCUAAAGCCUUGUCCCGGGGAGGAGGCGAUGGACGACCAAUUCUUGCUCGAGUCUCCUCGAAACCAGAUGGCUCUUCUCGACGUGUGCCGAUCGUUGAGCAAUGCCAAUUCCUCCAUGAUCGACGAACUUGGUUUGAGUGAAAAUCGUUCGACGAGGGUUUAUUGUAUGAUGGAGGCCUUCGACAUGUAUCUGCGCGGUCUGUCGAAUAAAUUCAUGAUCAACCUCACCCUGCCUCUAACGAAGGAGAGGUUACAGUCCUUCCUGCCAUUGGUGAAGUUGGCUGGAGGGCUGGAUAUUGACAUUGACAAGGUCACAACACCAUUUCAGACAAUGCUCUGGAUUUUUGUGGAGAAGACUGCUUACGGUAGGAAGCUGAAGCAACUUGCGGGCUUCAAGAAUCUUACAGACAAGGAGUUGAAUGAGACCAUCGGCUCAUACAACGGGGAACCAUUGUAUAACCGUCACCUCCGCUAUAUGGGCAUGGUGGUACCGACCUCCAAAUCCAUCAUGGCCAUUGGUAUAGAUGAGGGAAUCAAGCUCAUGAACAACUGGGAAACCUACAUGGACAAUAAGGUGUCCACCUUGCCCGAGGGCCUGAAAGGAGGCUUCCAAGUGGCCGAGAAUUGGUUCUUAUUAAACCUGAAAAGGCGACUAGUGCUGAAUGCAGUGACGGGUGUUGGCGUAUCGCUGGCCCUGGCGUUCACCCUCCUGCUGGUGACCACCAGAAACAUCAUCCUGGCUGUGAUAUCUCUCAUCACGCUGAGUGGCAAUGUGGUGUGUGUGAUCGGUCUCAUGCCGCUGAUGGACUGGGAGCUCGGGCCCCUAGUCGCCCUCAACAUGUGUUUCGUGGCCGGGCUAGCCGUCGACUACAUCGUACACGUGAUCGAAGGCUUCCAGCUCUCCGACUACCAUACCCGCCAUGAUCGGAUACAAGAGUGUUUACGUCAUGUGGGAAUCUCCGUCAUUUCCGGUGCCAUCACUACCCUGGGCUCCUCAUUCUUCAUGCUGUUUGCGCAGAUCAACUUCUUCAUGCAGUUUGGAACGUUUAUCUUUUGCACUAUCGGCAUCGCAUUGUUAUUUUCGUUAUUUUUCUUGCCGGCGUUGCUGAGUGUGAUAGGUCCCUCUGGAAAUCAGGGGUCACUCAUGGCCUGGUGCAGGCGGAGAAGGGAAGUACUGGCGAGAUAAUACAUUAGUUUAUAGCAUAAAGUCCGGGAACCCGUUGUGACAGUUUUAAAAGUCAUAUGAUAGAAUGUCCCAGGGACAAAGGAUUGUACUAUGUUCUUUGAUUCUUUGAAAUGCAUGCCAGCAGGACAGGUGGCCGUCUCAUAGCACUGAACGCAGGAACAAAUCUGAAACUUCCGCCCCACCCGUGGGUUUUGCUUGCGACACAUCAUGAGCACAUUGAACUGCUGAACCGUGCUGAAUAUGUACCGGCUACCGCUCUCUCGAUUCCAAUUGUACUUCGGUAGCUCAGUGGUCUUGGGCGAUGAACCAAUUGUUUUUUCUUCUUGCGCUGGUUCGAAUGCCACCGAAUCCGUGAUAAAUAAAAUUUAUCACGCUGUGAUAAAUAUAGUUCUUUCCGCAUCCGCUAGAGGGCUGAGAUAACUAAUAACUGUUUAGUGGCAUCGUGGGAGAAAUAAAAUAAAUAAAUUAAAACGCCCUGUCAUGCCAAAAUACUGCCUUGAAUGGUCUGACGUGAAGAUUCACUGCCACCACAAAAUAGUACCAACCCCAAACCAAUAAAGGAGUAAGUCACUAGGGCAUGGGCCGUAUCACCAGUCGGCAACCAAAACGCUGACCGUCAGCAUCGGCAUCGGCACUGGCAGCCGAAACAUACAACGUCAUCCAGCCAAGAGGAAUCGUAGAUUGCCCGAGCGUUUCCGAUACAUACCGAAUGAAACCUGUCUGGUGUCGAUGCCGGUGAUGCCGAUGCUGUUCAUAUGUCGUCAUCCGUCAAGGGGGUUGCCUGAUUGUUUCCGAUCAUUACCGAAUUGAAUCAUCUCCGAUGUGAUACGUGGCGGUACCGGUGAUGCCGACGCUGUUUCAUGCCGUCCAUCCCCAAAGAGAAUCGGAUAUUUCCCGAACUUAAUGCAGGGCCGUGUUUACUACCUGUGAGAUAUUUCUGACCCCGUAAAAUCUAGAAAAGGAGUUCCCGAGCUAGCAAGAACAUGUCGGCCACGACCACGUGCCGAUACUGGCAGCCGAUAUCGGCCCAAUGUCG